AUGAAAACUCAAUGUUUCAAAAUCCAUUAUCGAUUUUAUAAAUUCUUUUUUUUUCCAAUAUUUGGUAUAUCAAAUAAUCAAAUUCCCUAUAUAUUUCAAUUAAAACAUUUAUCUACAAAAAAUACUUGUCUAAAUUUUAUUAAAAAUUCAUUAAAUCAAAAAAACAAAGACUUUACAGAAAAUAAACGCUUAAAAUGGCAAAGAAAUGUAGGAAUUAGUGCCCAUAUUGAUUCAGGGAAAACAACAUUUACAGAACGUAUACUUUAUUAUACAGGAAAAAUUAAAAAUAUUCAUGAAGUUAAAGGAAAAGAUAAUAUUGGUGCAAAAAUGGAUUUGGAAAGAGAAAAAGGCAUAACUAUUCAGUCAGCAGUAACAUUUUGUGAUUGGAUAAAACAAAAAGAUGGUAAAAAACAAAAAUAUUAUAUUAACAUUAUUGAUACACCUGGUCAUAUUGACUUUACUAUUGAAGUUGAAAGAGCUUUACGAGUACUAGAUGGCGCAGUGCUUGUAUUAUGUGCCGUAUCAGGUGUACAGAGUCAAACUAUUACUGUUGAUAAACAAAUGAAAAGAUAUGGCAUUCCUCGUAUUUCAUUUAUUAAUAAAAUGGAUCGCAUUGGUUCAAAUCCAUGGAGAGUAAUUGAUCAAAUAAAAGAUAAAUUGAAAAUUGAAGCAGCUUCUAUACAUGUGCCUAUUUUCAAUGAUAUUGGGUUUAUAGGAGUUUUCGAUAUUAUAAAAAUGAAAGCAAUAUAUAAUGAAGGACAUAGAGGAACUAAAAUAGUCGAAAAGGAUGAAAUACCCAAUGACAUAAUAAAUUUGGUUGAAGAAAAGAGGGCAGAAUUGAUUGAAACUUUAGCAAAUAUAGAUGAUGAAAUUGCUGAAUUAUUUCUUGAAGAGAAAAUGCCUACUGAAGAACAAAUAUAUAAUGCAAUACGUAAAACAACUUUAAAUAAUAAGUUUACACCAGUUCUCAUGGGCUCUGCUCUUAAUGAUAUAGCUAUUCAACCUGCUUUGGAUGCUAUUUGUGAUUUUUUACCUUCACCUAUUGAAGUCGAAAAUAUUGCAUUAGAUGUUUCAGAUAAUGAAAAACCUGUUAAAUUAAUUCCAUAUGAUACAGAAAAGUUUGUUGGAUUAGCUUUUAAACUUGAAGAAAGUAAGUAUGGGCAACUUACAUAUCUUAGAGUAUACCAAGGAACUUUAAAAAGAGGGGAUUAUAUUAUUAAUGUAAAAACAAGAAAGAAAAUUAAAGUUCCUCGUCUUGUUAAAAUGCAUUCAAAUGAAAUGGAGGAUGUUGAAAAAGUAGGAUCAGGUGAAAUUUGCGCUAUUUUUGGUAUUGAUUGUGCUUCUGGUGAUACUUUUGCUAAUGAAUCUUUAACAUAUUCAAUGACAUCAAUGUUUGUUCCCGAACCUGUUAUUUCAUUAUCUUUAAAACAAAAAGGAAAAGAAUCUUCAAAUUUUUCAAAAGCUCUUAGCAAAUUUCAAAAAGAAGAUCCAACAUUCAAAGUUAGAUUCGAUCAUGAAAGCAAAGAAACUAUUAUUUCAGGAAUGGGAGAACUUCAUUUAGAUAUUUAUGUUGAAAGAAUGAAACGAGAGUACAAUGUUGAAUGCAUUUUAGGAAAACCUCAAGUUGCAUACAGAGAAACUAUUACAACUAGAUCUACUUUUAACUAUACUUAUAAAAAACAAACAGGAGGUGCAGGUCAGUUUGGUAAAGUAGAGGGAUAUAUAGAGCCUAUAAUCGAGGGUGAUCCUUCAAAUUUAAAUAUAGAGUUUUUGAGUACCGUUACAGGUGGAAAUAUUCCAACGAAUUUUAUACCUGCAUGUGAAAAAGGGUUUAAAGAUGCUUUAAAAAGUGGACUUUUAAUAGGGUCUCCAGUUAAAGGGUGUCGUAUGGUACUUGAGGAUGGUGCUGCACAUUCUGUUGAUUCAUCAGAAUUAGCUUUUCAUAUUGCAACUCUUAAUGCUUUUAAAGAAGCAUAUAAUAAAGCAAAUCCUAUUAUUCUUGAGCCUAUUAUGAAAUUAAGUGUUACAGCUGAUAAUGAGUUUUCAAGUGCAAUUAUUAAUGGACUUAAUAAAAAAAAAGCUGUUAUAUUAAAUACAGACAUUAGAUCUGACGAUUUUACAGUUGAUGUAGAAAUUCCACUAAAUAAUAUGUUUGGUUAUAGUACAGAUUUACGAGCAAGUACUCAAGGUAAAGGUGAAUUUACUGCUGAGUACAUAAAACAUUCUAAAGUUCCUGAUCAUUUUCAAGAAGCAAGUAUUAUAAGUUUAUAUUUAUUGUGUUAA